GGCGGGCCCCGGAAUUGUCAUUUCUUUGUUUCCGAAGGCGGAGGAGGCUCGGCGCCCCCCUCCUGGCCCCCCUCCUCCCCCCCCCCCCCCGCCCGGUGCUGGCUCCAUGUCUGUGUGACCGGCCGCAGGGGUAGAAUCCAGGCCCGACGCGGGGCGGGCGGGCGGGCGGCGGCGGCUGAGGUGAGAGGCGGCGGCGGCGGCGCGGCGGCGCGGCUCGGGCACCGGCCCCCCAGCGGGAGGAUGAAGCGGCGGAACGCCGACUGCAGUAAGCUCCGCCGCCCCCUGAAGCGGAACCGGAUCACCGAGGGUAUCUACGGCAGUACAUUUUUAUACCUGAAAUUCCUGGUAGUGUGGGCACUUGUCCUCCUGGCCGACUUUGUCCUGGAGUUCCGAUUUGAAUACCUGUGGCCAUUCUGGCUUUUCAUCAGAAGCGUCUAUGAUUCCUUCAGAUACCAGGGACUGGCCUUCUCAGUAUUUUUUGUUUGUGUAGCAUUCACUUCAAAUAUCAUAUGUCUCCUCUUCAUUCCCAUACAAUGGCUUUUUUUCGCUGCUAGCACAUAUGUAUGGGUCCAGUACGUAUGGCACACAGAAAGGGGAGUAUGUUUGCCUACAGUGUCCCUCUGGAUACUCUUUGUUUAUAUUGAAGCAGCAAUUAGAUUUAAAGAUCUGAAAAAUUUUCAUGUAGACCUUUGUCGACCAUUUGCUGCUCACUGUAUUGGGUACCCUGUGGUGACUUUGGGCUUUGGCUUCAAAAGUUAUGUGAGCUACAAAAUGCGGUUAAGGAAGCAGAAGGAAGUUCAGAAGGAGAACGAGUUUUACAUGCAGCUUCUUCAGCAGGCCCUCCCUCCAGAGCAGCAGAUGUUGCAGAAGCAGGAGAAGGAGGCCGAGGAAGCAGCCAAAGGAUUGCCGGACAUGGAUUCCUCGAUCCUUAUACACCACAACGGAGGCAUCCCAGCCAGCAAAAAACUUUCCACAACGUUGCCAGAGAUAGAAUAUCGAGAAAAAGGGAAAGAAAAGGACAAGGAUGCCAAGAAACACAACCUUGGAAUAAAUAACAACAACAUUUUACAGCCUGUAGACUCUAAGAUACAAGAGAUUGAGUAUAUGGAAAACCAUAUCAAUAGUAAAAGAUUAAACAAUGAUCUUGUGGGAAGUACAGAAAAUCUCUUAAAAGAGGACUCAUGCACUGCUUCCUCAAAAAAUUACAAAAACGCCAGUGGAGUUGUGAACUCGUCGCCUCGCAGUCACAGCACCACAAAUGGAAGCAUUCCCUCCUCGUCUAGUAAAAACGAGAAGAAGCAGAAGUGCUCCAGCAAGGGCCCGAGUGCACACAGGGACUUAAUGGAGAACUGUAUUCCUAACAACCAGCUGAGCAAACCAGAUGCGCUGGUAAGGCUGGAACAAGACAUUAAAAAGCUAAAGGCUGACCUGCAAGCCAGCCGGCAAGUGGAGCAAGAGCUGCGCAGUCAGAUCAGCUCCCUGUCCAGCACAGAGCGAGGCAUCCGCUCAGAAAUGGGCCAGCUGCGGCAGGAGAACGAGCUGCUGCAGAACAAGUUACAUAAUGCUGUACAAAUGAAACAAAAAGACAAGCAGAGUAUCAGUCAGCUAGAGAAGAAGCUAAAAGCCGAGCAGGAAGCCCGAAGCUUUGUAGAAAAGCAGCUAAUGGAGGAGAAAAAAAGGAAGAAGUUAGAAGAAGCCACAGCUGCACGGGCUGUUGCCUUUGCUGCUGCAUCUAGGGGAGAGUGCACCGAAACCUUACGGAGUCGGAUCAGAGAGCUAGAAGCUGAGGGCAAGAAGCUCACAGUGGACAUGAAGGUGAAGGAGGAGCAGAUCAGGGAGCUGGAGCUGAAGGUGCAGGAGCUUCGGAAGUACAAAGAGAACGAGAAGGACACCGAGGUGUUGAUGUCCGCCCUCUCUGCCAUGCAAGACAAAACGCAGCACCUAGAGAACAGCCUCAGCGCAGAGACGAGGAUCAAGCUGGACCUGUUCUCUGCACUUGGUGAUGCAAAGCGGCAGCUCGAGAUUGCCCAGGGGCAAAUCCUUCAGAAAGACCAGGAAAUCAAGGACCUAAAACAGAAGAUAGCUGAAGUCAUGGCCGUCAUGCCCAGCAUAACAUACAGUGCUGCCACCAGUCCCCUGAGCCCCGUGUCCCCCCACUACUCUUCCAAGUUUGUGGAGACCAGCCCCUCUGGACUUGAUCCUAAUGCCUCUGUCUACCAGCCCCUGAAGAAAUGAAGGCCAACUGUGUCUUUGCCCAACAUUUGGAACCAGAAGGCUUCGAAAAGCAGCGUCUCUGGCAGUCAAGAUAAAAAAGUUGAUAAUUGUGUUUUGUGGGACUGUAUAUGUUGUCAUUUUUAAAGGGGGAAAUAACAUCCAAGUCUGAUUAGAACCGCCCGUCAGUUGUUCUUGGAAGUUUUUAGAAGACCUCACAGGACUUUGCAGUUUAUUUUUCUUGGCCAACACAUUAAAACCAUUCUUGGAUUUCAAGUA